GUGGCUCAAUUACAUUUGCUCAACAGCUUGUCAGUAUCAUGGUUUCCUGUCUAAUAUACGUUCCUGUAUCAGGGUUUCCUGUGUCUUUUUUGCAUUCUGAAAUAUUCUUAAUGAACUUAACUUUGCAGUUAUGCCAACAUCAUACUUUGGUAUCAGAUGCCACAGAGGUCAAAAAACAGAAUAUGAUGCUUGUUGCUUGCAGAUGUGAUGUAUACAUGUAGCUUAUACUGUACCUGCUCUUUAGUUAACUUCCUCCAUGGAACAUUUUAAAUAAUGUCCUUUUUGAUUUGCAAUCUUUGUAGCAACUGUAGCAGAUUGGCUAGAGGAGGACAGAAAAAGAGGUAUUGUUAACAUUCUGCUUGCUUUGCUGCUGGCCGUAGAGCAAAGUAGCGUGCGUGUGCACAUGCCAGCUCUCAUAGGCACUCGCUGUGUAGAGGGAGUUGGGGUUUCUGUGCUAUUUUAAUUGUAAUUUGACAUUUUUUAUGUUUUUGCGUGAAAGAAAAAAAAGUACUAUUGUACAAUAAGAACCCCAAAGAUUCAAAAAGCUUGUACAGUUAUUUUUUGGUACUGAGAUAUAAAUGAAAUCCUCCAUAUGGCAGUAUAUGUUUCUAGCACUUGUGUUUUCCUCAGUCAACAUUUGAUUACGGUUUCCAGCACGCUUCUCUGCGAAAACAUCUGCCAAGACAAUAAAGCUUGGUUUGUAACUACAUUUUGAUAUAUGUUAUUUUUGUUUAUCAAUCUUUCUUGGCAAACCAGCUUUCUACAGUACAGACUGCAUUGUGCUUGCUUGGUUUUCAGCUUCAUAUUUCAUCACUGCAACUCUUUCUGUGUGUUUGUGUUGUGAUAGUUAUGAAUGAUAUCAUUACCACCAUGUUCAAUAAGAAGUUCCUGGAGGAGCUGUUCAAACCACAGGAGCUGUACUCCAAGAAGGCCCUGAGGACAGUGUUUGACCGACUGGCUCAUGCCUCCAUCAUGAGACUCAACCAAGCUAGUAUGGACAAGCUCUAUGAUUUGAUGACCAUGGCAUUCAAGUAUCAAGUCCUGCUGUGUCCUCGCCCUAAAGACAUCCUCCUUGUGUCCUUCAACCAUAUGGAUGCCAUCAGGGACUUUGUGAAAGACGCUCCCAGCAUCCUCAGCCAAGUGGAUGAAACAAACAAGCAACUCAUAGAGAUAUAUACCCCUUUAUCUGGUGGAGAGUUUCAUCUAAUUAGACAAACACUCCUCAUCUUCUUUCAAGAUAUGCAUAUUAGAGUAUCAAUUUUCCUGAAAGACAAAGUACAGAACUCCAAUGGGCGAUUUGUUCUCCCCGCAUCAGGCCCUGUUCCGUAUGGGACGCACAUCCCAGGACUCAUAAGGAUGUUCAGCUGUAGUGGUGAGGAGGUGAGAAGGAUGCAGUUCCGGGACGGUGGCAAUUACAGUGCCGCUCUCCGUGAGGGUGCUUUUGAAAUGUAUGGUGAUCGAGUAAUCAAACUGGGCACAAACAUGUACAGUGUGAGCCGCCCUGUUGAGACACACAUGUCUGGAACCUCCAAAAACUCCUCACAGCACACCAAGGUCAACACAACUCCGAAUCCUUUGGCAAAAGAAGAGCUGAACCUGCUUGCUAGACUAAUGGGAGGUCUGGAGGUGCAGAAAUCAACUAAUACUGACUCUGGCUUCCGUGUGAACCUUUUUGCCACUGACGAGGAGGAAGAGGAAGCUUUAAUAUCAAGACCGGAUGAGCUUUCCUAUGAAGUUAUUAAUAUCCAGGCAACAAAGGACAAACAGACCAAUGCAGAGCUGGCUAAGAUCAUGGGGGAGUUUGGAGAGAUGGGAGAACCCGCCCCCAGUUCCAGCAGCAAGGGUGAUGACCUCCUGGCCAUGAUGGAUGGACUGUGACUUUAACUUGAUGUUCACU